CAUUAUUAAUAUUGUAUGUAAAGUUUUUAUUUAUUUAUUUAUUUAUUUACAGAUACAUUAUCUAAUCGUUCUGGGAUCAGUUUGUCUAGUUUAUACAUUAUAGGUGAAAUGUUAGCAACAAUAGAUGAAAUUUCACUUUUAAUGUCUACUGUUGGACUUAAAUUUCCUUUAGAUAAUAAACGUAUACUUUCUAAUUAUUCAUUUAUUGGAUUACAAUUAUUAGAUUAUUUAAUAAUUGGGUUUGCUCAAAUUACACAUCAAAUUUGUGGAAAAUUUAAUUUACAAAUUUUAGAACAAAUAAUUAAUUGUUUUAAUACAGUUAAUAAUGUAGAAAAUAUAAAAAAUAAUGAACAAGUGAAUGAAGAUACAUUAACUACAACAAAAGGGACAACUACUACCAUCACCACCAGUGUUACUAAUACAUCUACUGAUUCACAGUCUACUACUAGAUUUCGAUCUUCUAGAUGGGAUAAACCAAAAGAUAAUUUAUCCACUACUAAAAAACAUAAUAAUAGUAAUAAACGAUAUCAUUCUGACAGUCAUGAAUGUGUGUCGUUUCUAGAUAAACAACUGUGGAUUUUAGACUUGGAAACGAAUUCUUCAAUCUGUGGGAAAUCGUUAUGUGAUCACCUGAAUUAUUUCUUAAAUUGGGGUUUAACUGCUCGACCUGAAAGGAUAGAUUGGCUUAUAUUACGUGGUGAAAUAGAAUUUUUCGUGAACAAUUACCGUCAAGCUUUGUCAACAUAUCUCGAAUUUGGUAGCGUUGUCACGGACGCAUUCUCAAAGAAUGUUUUAUCAGUCUUUUUUACAAAAGAGUUGGUGUUUCGUAUGAUGUGUUGUCUUCAAUAUCUCGGAUUAUUUUAUGAAAGUGUUGUUCUUUCACAAUUCGGACCAUCCUCUGAUGAAUCUCUUGUGGAUAAUGUCAUUCAAAUUAUUAAUAGUCUAGGUGAAAAUUCUAAUGGUUGGCCAAUAACUCAAAUAGAUACUUUUAGUACUGCAGUAAUAAACCAACAACCAUGUUCUUUUGAUAACAGUACUUCUGCGGAUUGUUUACGUGGAUCUUGUGGAGGUUCACUUCUUCAUACUACAUUAGAUUGUCCCGAUAGUUUAAUUCCUUAUUUAUGGAAUAUUCGUUUACUAUCAGCACUCGAACGUUCUGCUUCAAAUCGUGGUGCCCUUUUACAGUCUACCAAGUUUAAAGCUCGAAUCAAUAAUCCUGAACUCAAUGCUAACAAUCCAGAUGAAAUAUUAUUGGAAAAUAGAUGUGCUUUAAAUCUUGAAUAUCUUCGUUAUUUGUCCAACGUUUAUUUGAUUUAAUCAUACCACUUAUGUCUGCGAAUAACAGUUGUGAAUACUUUUGUACAAUUCUUUAUAUUUUGAUACUGUAAUACAGUUCUAUAAAUAUGUCGACCACAUUAGUAAUCUGAAUAGUACCGGCGAUAUAUCUCCUUCUUGUAUCUGCGUGGGAUUUUCGAUAACUAUACUUAUUGAUGAUUUCUUAGUAAUAGACAUGAACCAAAUUUUGCGUUGGUGAUUCCAUCGAAACCCCACAGCUAUUAUUUUACCCUUAGUCCAUUGAACAUUAAAGAAGGAAUUUUUUAUGAGUAUUGUUACAUUCGAAUUCCCUAUGAUCCCGGAAUAUUCUGCAUAACUUCUAGGCUUAUCUGUCGCUUACUAACAGAACACCAGUAAAUCAAAAGAUAACAACUUUGCUUAAAAAGACGAUAUUAUGUGGGUUUGAAUAUACGUAUGAAAAUCACGCGAAUGUCUGAAUAGUUACUCAGCGAGAUUCCUUCAGUUUGGUGUGUGCUUAAUGAAUUUGGUGCAAUCAGGCGAUCGAAAAAGGCAGAAGUCUGCUAUCGGGCAGAAAACCCCAAGUUGUCAGUAAGGUAAAAUAUAAGACGAGCUAAUUGUCAAAGAGAAGUGUGUAGAAUUAUGGUCUUCUUUAGUAUUAUUUCAUUUAUUCUUGUCACUAUGAUGGUAGACAGUGUCAUAUAGCGUUGGGAUCUGUUUGUGGACUAAUACUACACAUAUCUUUUUAUUGUAUAAUUGUUAAGUAAC